AGUGCUAGUGCUAUGGUGCGAGUGCGACCAGUCGGAGCACCAAAACCUACCCACCCGCCCCUAGGCGCACCACCACAAAAAUCAACCAAAACCCCACCUCUCAAAUUUUUUCCCCAAAUUCUCGGCGACAAGGCGGAGAUCGACCCACCGCCGCUUGCUUCCCGGCGAUUCUACCCGUAACCGCCGACGAGGAGGAAGCGGUUCCAAGCCAAGGGACCAAGAGCAAGGGAGGAGGAUGGGGGAGGGCGUGCAGGCGAUGCUGGCGCGGCCCAUCCAGCUGGCUGACGAGGUCGCCAAGCAGUGCGGCGCCGCGCGCUGCUUCCGGGCCGAGUGCACCGACCUCAAGUCACGCGCCGACAAGCUCGCCGCGCUGCUCCGCCAGGCGGCGCGCGCCGACCUCUACGACCGCCCCGCCGCGAGGAUCAUGGCCGGGGCCGCGCAGGCCCUCGCCAAGGCCUCCGCGCUCGCGGCCCGCUGCGCGCACGGCCACCCGCGCCUCCGCAGGCUCUUCACGCUCAGCCCGGCCGCCGGGUUCCCGCGCACCGCCGCGCUCCUCGACACCGCGCUCGAGGACGUCGCCUGGCUGCUCCGCAUCUCCUCGCCCCACGGCGGCGCCGACGCCGACGGCGACGGCGACCUGCGGGGGCUCCCCAACAUCGCGCAGAACGAGCCCAUACUCUUCCUCAUCUGGGACCACGUCGCGCGGCUGCACACCGGCGGCCUCGCCGCGCGGGCGGACUCCGCCGCUAACCUCGCCUCGCUCGCCCGGGACAGCCAGCACUUCGCCAAGCUCAUCAUCGAGGAGGACGGCAUACUGCCGCUGCUCAGGCUGCUCAAGGAGGGCACCGACGACGGACAGGAGGCUGCCGUGCGUGCGCUCGGCCUGCUCGGCUGCGAUGCUGAGAGCGUUGAUAAACUCGUGCAGGCCGGGAUUUGUUCCGCCUUCACCGCCGCACUCAAAGAGCCGCAGAUGCGCGUGCAGGCCGCUGUUGCCGAGGCUAUUGCCACACUCGCCGACCGGAGCCAAGCCUGCCAGGAGCUCUUCACACAGAACAAUGCCGUCCGCUAUCUCGUCGGCCACCUCGCGUCCGGGACCAUACAGGAGCACAGCAGGUACGCCGUUGGCUCCAGCAGCUCUAAGAAUACUGCUGCAGCGCCAACGCCCAUGACAUCGCUACACUCGGUUGUGCUUGCCAAGACGCUCAGCACACGCCACAGCGGCGACUUCAUGGUAUCUGUCCCUGAAGAGCCACCCAGAGUGUCUAAUGUCUCUAAGGAUGAAGCAGACACUAAUAAAAGGAACCAAAUGCAGUCGGUUGUGCAGUCUGCCAUGGCUGCCAAGACAAAGACCAAUGGGGUAUUGAUUCCACCCUUCAGACCACAGCUGGGCACCAGUGGCUCUAGUGGCCGUGGUGCUCGUGAAGUGGAAGACCCUGAGCUCAAGGCGCACUUGAAGGCCAUGGCGGCUAAAGCUCUCUGGAAGCUCGCACGAGGUCAUCUUGGAGUCUGCAAGAGCAUUACAGAGUCGCGUGCACUGCUUUGCUUCGCCGCGCUCCUUGAGAAAGGCGAUGGUGGUAUGGGCACAGACAUGCAGGUCUUCUCAGCCAUGGCUAUUAUGGAAAUUGCGCGUGUUGCUGAGCACAGCCUUGCACUGCGGCAGUCGGCUUUCAAACCCAGUUCUCCAGCCGCCAAGGCUGUUGUUGACCAGCUGCUACACAUUGUCUCCAAGGGUGACUAUGAUGAACUCCUCAUUCCGUGCAUCACAGCUCUUGGUUGCCUUGCGCGGACGUUCACAGCGAGCGAGACCCGGAUGAUCGCACCACUUGUGCAGUUGCUCGACGAGCGUGAGCCACCGGUUAUAAAGGAAGCUGUGCUUGCACUCACCAAGUUUGCAUGCACUGCCAACCACCUACAUGUGAGCCACUGCAAGGCCGUUGUCGAUGAAGGUGGUGCACGCCACCUUGUUCAGCUUGUCUACCUUGGCGACGAGGUUCAGAUCGAGGCGCUCAUACUGCUAUGUUACAUCGCUUCACACGUUCCGGAGAGUGAGGAGCUUGCGCAGGCGGGGGUUCUUGCUGUGCUUCUGUGGGCAUCAAAACAGACGUACAUGGUGCAGGAUGUUCGCGUUGAGGCACUACUGCCAGAAGCUAGGGCCAGGCUCGAGCUUUUCCAGUCCAGAGCCUCUAGGUGAUGUUGGCAACAAGAUCACUUGGCUUUGGUUAGUAAUUUUUUGCCGCAGUUUGUGAUCAUUGAAGAAGUAUUUCCAUCAUUCAUGAUUGUUCUAGUGGGGUAUAUCACUCUGUAGGUUGUGCAUAUCAACGAUCAGUUUGUCUCAGAAAGAUUGGUUGUGUUAUUGAAUUAUAUAUAUCAUGAGGCAAACAGAUUAUUUGUGUA